GGAACGGUGGAAGGUGCCAUGGACUUGAUCUUGAUCAAUUCCCUACCUCUUGUAUCUGAUGCUGAAACAUCCCUUACCUGCAUUGCCUCUGGGUGGCGCCCUCAUGAGCCCAUCACCAUAGGAAGGGACUUUGAAGCCUUAAUGAACCAGCACCAGGAUCCAUUGGAAGUUACUCAAGAUGUGACCAGAGAAUGGGCUAAAAAAGUUGUUUGGAAGAGAGAAAAGGCUAGUAAGAUCAACGGUGCUUAUUUCUGUGAAGGGCGAGUUCGAGGAGAGGCAAUAAGGAUACGAACCAUGAAGAUGCGUCAACAAGCUUCCUUCCUACCAGCUACUUUAACUAUGACUGUGGACAGGGGAGAUAAUGUGAACAUAUCUUUCAAAAAGGUAUUGAUUAAAGAAGAAGAUGCAGUGAUUUACAAAAACGGGUCCUUCAUCCAUUCAGUGCCCCGCCACGAAGUCCCAGAUAUAUUAGAAGUGCACCUGCCUCACGCUCAGCCCCAGGAUGCCGGCGUGUACUCGGCCAGGUACAUAGGAGGAAACCUCUUCACCUCGGCCUUCACCAGGCUGAUAGUCCGGAGAUGUGAAGCUCAAAAGUGGGGACCUGAAUGUAACCAUCUCUGUACUGCUUGUGUGAAUAAUGGUGUCUGCCAUGAAGAUACUGGAGAAUGCAUUUGUCCCCCUGGGUUUAUGGGGAAGACAUGUGAGAAGGCUUGUGAACUGCACACGUUUGGUAGAACUUGUAAAGAAAGGUGUAGUGGACCAGAGGGAUGCAAGUCCUACGUGUUCUGUCUCCCAGACCCCUAUGGGUGUUCCUGUGCCACAGGCUGGAAGGGUUUGCAGUGCAAUGAAGCAUGCCUCCCUGGUUAUUAUGGGCCAGAUUGUAAACUUAGGUGCAGCUGCACAAAUGGGGAGAUGUGUGACCGGUUCCAAGGAUGCCUCUGCUCUCCAGGACGACAAGGGCUCCAAUGUGAGAAAGAAGGCAUGCCAAGGAUGACCCCAAAGAUAGAGGAUUUGCCAGAUCACAUAGAAGUAAACAGUGGCAAAUUUAACCCCAUCUGCAAAGCCUCCGGCCGGCCACUACCUACUAAUGAAGAAAUGACCCUGGUGAAGCCAGAUGGGACAGUGCUCCAUCCAAAAGACUUUAACCAUACGGAUCCUUUCUCAGUAGCCAUAUUCACCAUCCACCAGAUCCUACCCCCUGACUCAGGAGUUUGGGUCUGCAGUGUGAACACAGUGGCUGGGAUGGUGGAAAAGCCUUUCAACAUUUCUGUUAAAGUUCUUCCCAAGCCCCUGAAUGCCCCAAAUGUGAUCGACACUGGACACAACUUUGCUGUCAUCAACAUCAGCUCGGAGCCUUACUUUGGGGAUGGACCAAUCAAAUCCAAGAAGCUUCUAUACAAACCUGUUAAUCAUUAUGAGGCUUGGCGGCACAUUCAAGCGACAAAUGAGAUUGUUACACUCAACUAUUUGGAACCCCGAACAGAAUACGAGCUGUGCGUGCAGCUGGCCCGCCGAGGAGAGGGUGGGGAAGGGCAUCCUGGACCUGUGAGACGCUUCACAACAGCUUCUAUCGGACUCCCUCCUCCAAGAGGUCUCAAUCUCCUACCAAAAAGUCAGACCACUCUAAAUUUGACCUGGCAACCAAUAUUUCCAAGCUCGGAAGAUGAUUUUUAUGUAGAAGUGGAAAGGAGGUCUGUGCAAGUAAAAAGUGAUCAGCAGAAUAUUAAAGUGCCAGGCAAUUUGACUUCGGUGCUACUUAACAACUUACACCCCAGGGAGCAGUACAUAGUCCGAGCCAGAGUCAACACCAAGGCUCAGGGGGAAUGGAGCGAAGACCUUACCGCGUGGACUCUCAGCGACGUUCUCCCUCCUCAACCGGAAAACAUCAAGAUUUCCAACAUCACACACUCCUCAGCUGUGAUUUCUUGGACAAUACUGGAUGGCUAUUCUAUUUCCUCUAUUAUCAUCAGUUACAAAGUUCAGGGCAAGAAUGAAGACCAGCACAUCGAUGUGAAGAUAAAGAAUGCCACCAUCACUCAGUAUCAGCUCAAGGGCCUAGAGCCUGAAACAGCUUACCAGGUGGACGUUUUUGCAGAGAACAACAUAGGCUCAAGCAACCCAACCUUUUCUUAUGAACUGCUGACCCUCCCAGAAUCUCAAGCACCUGCGGACCUCGGAGGCGGGAAGAUGCUGCUCAUAGCCAUCCUCGGCUCGGCUGGAAUGACCUGCCUGACGGUGCUUUUGGCCUUUCUGAUCAUGUUGCAGAUGAAGAGGGCAAAUGUCCAAAGGAGAAUGGCCCAAGCCUUCCAAAACGUGAGGGAAGAACCAGCUGUGCAGUUCAACUCAGGAACUCUGGCCCUAAACAGGAAGGUCAAAAACAACCCGGAUCCUACAAUUUAUCCAGUGCUUGACUGGAAUGACAUCAAAUUUCAAGAUGUGAUUGGAGAGGGCAAUUUUGGCCAAGUUCUUAAGGCACGCAUCAAGAAGGAUGGGUUACGGAUGGACGCUGCCAUCAAGAGAAUGAAAGAAUAUGCCUCCAAAGACGAUCACAGGGACUUUGCAGGAGAACUGGAGGUUCUUUGUAAACUUGGACACCAUCCAAACAUCAUCAAUCUCUUGGGAGCAUGUGAACAUCGAGGCUACCUGUACCUAGCCAUCGAGUAUGCCCCCCACGGAAACCUCCUGGACUUUUUGCGCAAAAGCCGCGUGCUGGAGACCGACCCCGCAUUCGCCAUCGCCAACAGCACCGCCUCCACGCUGUCCUCCCAGCAGCUCCUCCACUUCGCUGCAGAUGUGGCCCGGGGCAUGGACUACUUGAGCCAGAAACAGUUUAUCCACAGGGAUCUGGCUGCCAGGAACAUUUUAGUUGGUGAAAACUAUGUAGCCAAAAUAGCAGAUUUUGGACUGUCCCGAGGUCAAGAAGUAUACGUGAAAAAGACAAUGGGAAGGCUCCCAGUGCGCUGGAUGGCGAUCGAGUCACUCAAUUACAGCGUGUAUACAACCAACAGUGAUGUGUGGUCCUACGGUGUGUUACUAUGGGAGAUUGUCAGCUUGGGAGGCACCCCCUACUGUGGCAUGACCUGUGCAGAGCUCUAUGAGAAGCUUCCCCAGGGUUACAGACUGGAGAAGCCCCUGAACUGUGAUGACGAAGUGUAUGAUCUAAUGAGACAAUGCUGGCGGGAGAAGCCUUAUGAGAGGCCAUCAUUUGCCCAGAUAUUGGUGUCCUUAAACAGAAUGUUAGAAGAACGAAAGACCUACGUGAAUACCACGCUUUAUGAGAAGUUUACCUAUGCAGGAAUUGACUGCUCUGCUGAAGAAGCGGCCUAGGAUAGAACACCGUCAUCUGUGUACCCUCUGUUUCCCCUUCGCUGGCAUGAAAGACCCUUGAUACCUGCAGAGAAAACGAGAAAGCCUCUGCCAAGAGGUGUGAUACGAAAGUGUAUAUAUAUUGUUGUACAUCUGGGACCUUCACCACAAAACCCCGUGUGUGGAUCUGUAUUAUGCUCUGACUCUACUAGGACUGUAUAUACUGUUUUGAGUAAGAAUGUGCUGAAAUCAGAAUGCCUGUUUGUGGUUUUGUAUGCAAUAAUAUAUUUUUCUAAAAUGUGGACUUCAUAGGAAGGUAUGAGAAUACAAUUACUGUAAUGCAUAACUUGUGAUUGUCCUAGAUAUUUUUUAUAUUUACCUUUAUAUUGAAUGCUAUAAAAUGUUUUGCUGUGUAGAAGCAAAAUAUUGUUAAUAAACCUAACAAUGACCCUGAUAGCACAGGUUAGGAAAAGGGAGGGAAAUGUAUGAAUUCUAACAGGACAUAGGUUAAUAUUUAAGAAAUUGAAAAAAUCCAAGUGAUAUGAGAUUCCUCUAUCUCUCAAUGUUCUCUCUCACCUGUAGAAUCCAGUCCAAUUUCAUAUAGUCAUGUGACAACUCUGUCUUGUGUUUCCACAGCCUACAAGUCAGUCCAGAAUGCUAAC